ACAGAUCUGCUCUAAUAGAGAAACCAAACAUAGCAGCAAAGCGGGAGCAAUAUUUGAAAAUUAUUAUGGAGAACAGAAACCUGCCUCUAGAACUACAAAAAGAAAUAAUAUAUUUAGAUGAAAGCUAUAUUCAUUCAUCAUACAAGCUGAAAAAAUGUUGGCAAUCAGUUGAUGUCAGCGGAGUGAAACACAACAUAUCAAAAGGCAAGAGAUAUAUAAUCGUACAUGCGGGGAGUGAGAAAGGAUUUGUUCCAAAUGCCCUUUUGAUUUUCAGUGGCACAAACAAAAAUGAUGACUAUCACUCAGAAAUGAAUAAAUAUAACUUUACAAAAUGGGUCACUGAAAAAUUAAUCCCCAACCUAAGGGAACCUUCCAUCAUUGUGAUGGACAAUGCUCCAUACCAUUCGGUUGUCUUGAACAAGGCACCAACUAGUAUUUCAAAGGUUGCUGAGAUAAAGUUAUGGUUAUUGGAAAACAAUAUAACUUUUGAGGACUCUCUCCGUAAACCUCAAUUAUUAAUGCUUGUGAAGCAGCAUAAACCAGAGCCUAUUUAUGAAAUUGACCAUAUUUUAGGAGAUCAUGGUCACACUGUGGUACGCCUUCCACCUUAUCACUGUGACCUGAAUCCUAUAGAGUUGAUAUGGGGAAUUGCAAAGCAUAAAAUUGCUUCGGUCAAUGUUGGAUCCAGUGAUAUAAAGGUGGCUGCUGAACAAGCAUUUUCAGACAUUACUGCCGAAGACUGGAAGAACUCAUGCAAGCAUGUAAUGAAAAUAGAAAAAGAAUAUUAUGACAGAGGUGCCAUUAUGUACGAACAGAUGGAACAACUAGUCAUAAAUCUAAGAGAUGACAGUAGUAGUGAUUCAGAAUUAGAAUAUUCCAGCGAUUCUGAAGGUGCAGGAAGCUCAAGCCAAAAUGUGAGCUUUUCUGGCAUUGAAUAUUUAGAUGAAAGUGUUUUUGAUUCAUCUGAUUGAAUUGAUUGAUAUUAAAAUAAAACUUCAAACAAAA